AUGCCUGAGGUGUACCGCGAAGCCCGCUACGUGCGGGAGCGGUCGCGCGACAGGGACACAUCCCCGUCCGACGACGAGGGCUACAAGAGGACCACGGUGCGCCGGUAUAAGGUCGGCGGCGACCGUGUCGAGCGUGUCGACCGCGAGAUCGAUGUCGUGGAGGAGGAGCGCCGCAGCCGCUAUGCCCCCGUCCGCCGUUCCAGCCGAGACGAAGUGGUCGAAGUAGACCGCCGCGUCGACCGUUUGUACAUCCCGGAGCGGCCGCGUUCGAACUACGAGCCUUCUCCGCACAGCGCAACCUACGUCGAGCGCCAGGUUGUGGAGCGCGAGCGUGAGCGCGAGCCCCGGGAAGACCACUACACCCGCGUGGAGCGUAUUGUGGAGCGCGACGACGAUCACCGCCGUGGAGACGACCGGUCAAGAGUGGUCUACGAGUCCACCAAAGAGAUUGACCGGGUCGACCGUGAUCGCGAGCGUGACCGCGAUCGUGACCUGUACUCGCCCCGGGAGUGGGAGCGCCGCUCGCACUGGGACGAUGAGAAGGACACCGAGGUGCGCAUCGAGAAGCGGGUCGAGCACCGCGACUCCCAUGGGGCCGACCUCCGCAUCGAACGCCGGGUCGAGGAACGGCGUGACGACCCCUAUUCCCCCGGCGGUGACAACGUCGAGCGCUGGCGCAAGGAAACCGAGUACUAUGCUCCGGCUCAGCCUGCUCCGGCGCCCAUCGUCAUCCGGCAGCGCGCGCCAGAGCAAAGGAUCAUUGUGCAGGAAGCCGCGCCGGCCACAGUCGUCAUCCGUGAGCAGGCCGACAAGCGAGACCUGGCGCUCGCCCGUCAGGGUUCGCGCGAAGGCGAGGUGUACUACCAUCGUGAGUCUCGCGAAGUCGGCCCUUACCGCGGGGAACGCCGCGAGGAAGAGUACGCGAUCGCUCGCUAUGACGAUGAGCACCGCCGGCAUCAUCAUCAUCACCAUCAUCAUCGCCGGCACCACCACCACCACGGCCAUAGCGAGGGCGAGUCGGACGGCGAGUACUAUGUGAGGCGCACUAUCACCCAGCGGGAGCGCAGCGCCUCGAGCAGCCCACACCGCAAGCGCCAUAUUGCCGAAGGCGCUCUCGCGGGCGCUGGUCUCUCGGCCAUUCUCGCCUCUAGGCGCGACUCGCACGGUGAGUACAAGCAGAACCGCGGCCGCAAGGUGCUUGCUGGAGCAGCCAUUGGUGCCAUUGGCACCGAGGUUGCCAGACGCGCACACAGCGCCUACCAGGACCGGUACGGUGACGAGGACAACCGGGAUCGUUCGCGUUCCCGCUCGCGCUCUCGCCCGCCUCACUCGAGACUCAAGACCGGUCUCGGUAUUGCUGCUGUUGCUCUAGCAGCCGCUGGUGCUGCCAAGUACUACCAGAGCAACAAGAUCGAGAAGGAGGAGAUGCACCGUGGCCGAGCUCUCCACCGCGACAGUGACACCGAGCGGUCCCUCAGCCGCAAGCGCUCCAAGAGCCGGGCCUCGUCGGUUGCGAAGGCCGGGCUGGGCACGGCGGCCGCGGUCGGGCUGGUCCAGCACUACCGUAACAAGAGCAAGAGCAAGUCGCGAGACGGCAAGAGCCGGUCGCGGUCUCGUCUUCGCACCGGAGCGGAGAUCGUGGCGGCUGGCCUCGCGGGUGCGGGAGCCAAGAAGCUGUACGACCGGCGCAAGGACAAGAAGGAGGAGGAGAAAGAGCGCGACCGGGAGCGGGAGCGCGAAUUUAGCGAUGAUGAGUAUUACAACAGCGAUGGGCACGACCGGCACGGGCGUAGCAGAAGCAGGAGCUUGACACGGUCCGGACCCACGUACCCCGACGGUGACUCUUCCACAGCUGAUCCUGAGCUAGGCAUGGUUGAGUACGGGGCGCACCCCCUGUACGCAGACCCUCCCCAGCGGAACGAGAGGGGCGCAGCAGCGGCAGAGGGGUACGAGUCUGCGGCCGAGGAGCGGAGCCGCAGGCGGAGGAGGAGGAAGAGCCGUAGAUCGAGGGACGACGACGACGACUAUUCGGCCGACAGCGAGGCGGACACGGACCGAGAUAAGAAGGCCGAGAAGAAGCGUAGCGGGAGCAGGUUGCGCGACCUUGCGGCGGGCUAUGGGGACGAACGCCCACCAGACGGCUAUGACACGUACACCCGCCGGGAACCCUCACCACCUCACGCGUCCGGCGGCUACUACAACGGACCACCUCCUACAGCAGCCCAGCAGCCCCCAGUGGUCAACGGAUUCACGCAACAUCCCAACGUCGCCACCACUAACCUCCACCAGCACUAUGCACCGUACCCACCAGAUGGACCGUACGCUCCCUAUGCACCGCCAGUGCCUGGUCCGCCUCCAAACACGGCCGUUCCGGACCUGGCUAGCCCACCGCCGGGCCCGGUACCGGUACCGGUGCCUCCACCAACCCCAGGCCCAGGCCCAGUUCCUCCGCCAGGGCCGGUGCAAGCGCAUCCGGAUGUUCCGCCAUCGUUAAUCCCAGGAGUACAUCCACCGCCACCACACCCCACGGGCCCUGAACAUGUGAGUGAAGCUUCUCGUGUUGGUCGUUCCACUCCAGAGCCAAAAGCUGCCGUUCGCUCCGUUGAUGGCGACAAGAAGGGUGCGUCCACUGGCGAGAUGGAGCCCCCAGACACGCCCCGGACCGCCAAAUCAGUUGUCUUCAUCCCCCUGUCCCCCAAGUCAUCCGCUACCCUCCGUCGUCACCACGAGGAGCAAACGUCCAAGUCCGAAACAGAAGACGCAACAAGCGCAAGCGAGAGCGAUUACAACCGAGAUCCCCGGGGCAAGAAACGGGCCGCCGCUUCCCACGACGACGAAGACACCGUAGAGGUGCUCCCGGACCGGUUCGAUUCUCAGGGCCGUCCUUUGGACGGGUCUGCUCGGUCGUCGUCUGCAUCGGGCUGGCAUAGUCGGCGCGGGGACUUUGAGUACCGGAGUCCUCGCGGGCCGGGGGGUAUGAACAUGCGCGGGGAAUGGGGCGUGGCUGCACCGGAUGCUGCGGCGGUGGAACGGAUUGUGAGGGAUGUUACGGGGGUGUUGGAGGGGAGGGGCAGUUGGAUUGGGUUGAUUGGGGGGAUUUUGAGUGGGAGUUUGUUGCAGGGUGGUGAGGAGGGUGGGCAUGGCUCGGAGAGGGAAGGGAGUCGGGAUCGUGAUCGGGACCGUGACCGGGACCGUGAACGAGACAGGGAUCGGGAUCGCAGUAAGGAUAGGGAAAGAGAUGGAGAUCGGAGUAGUAGACAGGACAGAGACGAGGAGAGGAGAAGGCGUCGAAGAGACGAUCACGAUGAUGAGAACGAGUACCGCCGGGAUCGCAAAGAGGAGGAUGAUGAUAGACGUAACAGGCGCAAGCGGGACUAUGAUGACGACGAGGAACGAGACCGAGACCGAGAGAGGGAGCGAGAACGGGAUCGGGAGCGGGAACGGAAACGCAGAGAUGAUGAAGACCGAGCAGCGGAGGAAAAGAAGAAGAGUGAAGGGCGUAGGGGACGGUAUGAAAGGAAGGUUGGGGUUGGGAGGUCUCAGACUUGGGGGUGA